AUGGACUACUAUGAUACUUCCGACAUUCUGGCCUCUCGUGCCCGCCCUGCAGUCCGCCCGACGCCGACCGUCACUCCCCCGGUCGUCCCCAGCUCCUUUUCCCUUUUCCGCCUCUCAUGGCUCGCUGCGCUCGCGCUCAUCGCGUGGCUAGUGAUUCUCCAACUCAAGGUAUAUCUCAACAACUGGCAGGACAAGCACUACAGGCUGUCGAUGCGUAGGAGACACGGUAUCCCGGAUGACGACCAUCGCCCGUUCAACGUGGCAUAUGCUGCCGCGCGGCAGAUGAGGCUCUCGAGCGGUGAGUCGACACCAGAGGCGCAGUCCUUGCCCAGGCCGCGAGAGAACUUCCGCCCAAUACGUGUCGAGUCAACGGAUAGCUUGAGGUAUCGUCAAAGGCCUGCGCAGGCAGUACAAUCUUAUCAAAGCGCUCAGCGGUCGCAUCUUCGUAAUGACGGCAGCACUCUGGCCAACGAUGGCAUAUCGUAUAUCCCGAAGCUACCUGCCAGGGCGCGGGAAGUAAUCGUCGACAACGAGCUCGUGAAGGAGCCCGCAUCGCCGCCGAUCCCCCAGUCGUCUCGUAUACAAACGGUCAGGUUCGCCGACGAUCGCGAGGCGAGGCCUAGCGCAGACAAGGUAUCAAGAAAACGUGGCUUGGAUGACGAAGCUGAUGUUGAGGUCUCCAAGCGCACGCGGACAGGUGGCAGGGAGGUUAUCGACGUCGACGACAGGAUGGACGAGGACCUCCCACAGAAGCGGGGUUCGAAACGCGGUCCCAGUCCAGAGGAGGAUGAGGGGUAUAGUUCGCGGCAGGAAGGUCGUGAGAAGAGGAUCCGGAGGGUGUCGGCGGAUAAGAAUGCGGAGACUGAAGAGUUGAUGGACACGGACGAUGUUCCCAGAGGUAAGAAGCGGGACCGCGGGGAGGCGGGGUCGACCUUUGGCGGAGACGAUUAUUUGGACUUGGAUGAUUUGACUGGCUCGAGGCGCCGGCGACGGCGGAUGGAGAAGCAGAGGUCGGAUGUGCAGCUACGUGGGACAAAGCGUGAUCGUGACUCCUCGACUGAUGAAGAGCUUGAGGAGCUGCUUGAGGCAGCCGGGGCGCCCCGGAAGGAUAGGGUGGCUAAGAAGCAGCGGGCCAAGGGGGCUUUAGCGGAGGAAGAAGAGGGAGACCAGUCUCUUAUCGCAUAUGUGGACGAUGAACCCGUCUCUGUCGAUCCCCUCUGUAAAGGCCGGAAGAUUGGUGAGGAGUGGGAGGAAAAUGGGGAGCACUACAAGGUUGGGCCUAAUGGGCAGAGACUCCGGCAGGCCUUGGUCAAGAAGUCACGGACCAGAUUCCCUGGCAUGCCGGUCGAUUCAAUGCAUCCGGACAAGAGGGCUGCAUGGGAUGUUUUCGUGGAGAAAUGGCUCUCGGAAGAGGAGUACAAAGAGGCAGAGGCUCGGCAUGAUCUGGCUUGGCAGGAAACGCCCGCGGGUACACCGCGGACACUCUACCUUGAUGAGGAUGGGAAUAUCCUGGAUACUCCUGGGAACAAGAGCUUGCUGUGGGCAUCUCAGUUCAAGGAGGAGAGCCCGGUUAAACCGGGUUCACUGAAGCAGUCGGUUGCCGUGAUUAGCAACAAUAACAAUAACAACGGCAGCAAGGGAAGUCCGUUCGCUUCUUCCCAGCGGGGAGCUCCUGGUCGUCGGAUAGCUUCUGUGUAUGCUACGGCAACGGCUACACAGGACAGUACUCCGACCGAGGCGACCCCUACGAAGAAGACUCUGUCUAAAUGGGAGAAACAGGACCUGGAGGCUGCGGCUGUGCAACGGAUGAGGAAAAAGGAGCAGGAGAUCAGGGAAGCAGAGGAGAGGAAGAAGGCGGAGGAGCAGAGGAAGAGGGACGAGGAACAACGGAAGAGGGAAGAGGAGCAACGGAAGAAGGAAGAGGAGCAGAAGAAGGUGGGAUCAGCGCCAGCCCAAAGCAGUGCUUCGCCGUUCGCUAUGCCUAAGCCUCCUACUUCGGGUGAGAGCAGUGCACCAGCUCCUCCCGCGAUUACCUUCACUGCGCCUUCUGGAGAUUCAUCGAAACCGCCCGCCUCUGCUCCUGCCCCGACACCGUCUGGACCAUCUACCGUGCCUUCCUUCUCCUUGCCUACCGCUAGCGGUGACUCCUCAAAGCCUACGUCCUUCUCAUGGCCCCCGGCUCCCGCACCAGUAGACAAGGAGAAGGUCGCCGCAAGCGGCUCUGCGUCUGCCCCUAGUGGACCGGCUGCCCCGUCCUUCUUCAGCACCCCGCCCAAGCAACCGACCCAGGCGCAGCCUGCCGCUGCGCCUUCAUCGGGCUCCAGCAUUCCCAACUUCUUUGGGCCUAAGGGCACGAGUUCGACUCAUGGAGUGACUACCCCGCAGUCCAAUCAUACGGCUGAUAUGAAUGCGUCUACCACGCCGGCGAGCGCGCCUCCCUCGCAGCCAUCGUUCUUCGGCAAUCCUAGUAACGCUCCUGCAGCGCCGUCCUCGGCGUCUCCGUUCACUUUCGGCAAUACUGCAGCACCACAGUCGUCUUCGGUGUUCGGUGGGGCGGGCGAGCAACAGAAGAAGGUGGAGGGAAAGCAGCCAGAGCAGGCGCCCCCACCUGCCGGUGGGUCACUGCUAUCGCGGUUGGGAGGUUUUAGCACGCCGAACUCGGGCACGUCGCAGCAGCCGUCGGCUGCCCCUUCUCAAGGUGCUACGUCGAUAUUUGGUAACCCCGCACCUUCCUCGCAGACGGGGGCUGGUCAAACGACUUCGAUAUUCGGUGCUCCCAGCUCGAACUCUUCUCAGCAGGCUACGACAAGCUCAGCUCCUGCCCCCGCGACUGAACCGAUGAAGCCGAAGUUCAAGUUUGAGACUCCUGCGACUCGCAGCGCUGCUCCGUCGCCUGCUCCUACUCCCGCGGGUUCCGAAACUCCGAAAUCUGGAGGGUUUACUUUCAACUUUGGUACCUCAAAGCCUGCUACAGGAGGUGCACCAAGUGCCUCGGGUAAUGCGACUGGGUCGGUCUUCGGAUCCUCGUCCGCUCCUGGCGGAGGGAACAGCAUGUCAACCAAUGCGUCGACAUCAUCAGUGUUCGGGCAGACCAGCGCCCCUGGCGCGGCGACUACUGCGUUCCCGUCGACCUCUUCAGCUGCGCCGACGUUUGGUUCCACUACGUUUGGUGCUCCGAAUUCGACGAGCCAGCCGGAGGCACCGAAGUCGGCUUUCUCCCUUCCGUCCUCGAGUUCAUCUGCGUCCCAGGCUAGCAGCUCUCCCUUCACCUUCGGCGGAAAACCCGCCGAAACCGCGAAACCUCCUCAAACAUCCUCUGCGUCACCUUUCUCAUUCCCAACGUCUUCUGCUGCGAGUUCGUCGAAGCCGGCCGAGCCGCCGAAGGCCUCGUUUACCUUUAGCGGUUUGUCUGGUGCUACGGGAACUGGCGGGCUGCCUACUCCCUCCGCCACUGAGAACAAGACCAUGUUCACGUUCAGCGGGCUAUCAAAUCCGUCUUCGUCGAACCCCAGUGGCAGCUCGCCGUUUGGAACGCAGGCCUCCGGCAACAGCGCUACCUCAUCGAACAUAUUCGGGAACCCUUCCACCCCCUCCACUAGCCAACCCGGUAGUAAUUCGGGUCUGGGUUCCUUUAAAUUCCCGACCGCUCCUUCGUCGAGUACCUUCACCUGGCCAAAGCCUG